AUAACUGACAGCUUUGAGGUUUUUUGUAAUUGUAAUCAGAGCUUCUCGAAGAUGAUUAGACACGUCGGUUUCUGUUCAAAACAGCUGUAAAAAUUCUGCUCUAUUCUUUCAGUACCAUAUAUCAACUUCUGCAAUUCAACUAACAACAUGCACUUCUGGAAUUCAUAUUCUCUCAACAUUACUGACAUUGACUUCACCAAACAUAACUACAGCGAUGGCCAGCUUAUCUGGGUUCGAGUCCCAGACUGGGAAAUGGGAGUUAAGAUUUUGGCCUUUAUACCGAUGAUAUUUUUAGGAUUCUUUGGAAACAGUGCCAUCAUCGUGGUAGUGGUACAGCUUCGUAGCAUGAGAACGUGCACCAACUUAUUUAUAACUAAUAUGGCUGUGGCCGAUCUUCUGACGGUUCUUUUUAGUUCCUGGAGCUACUUAGUAUACGAUUUCUACCAGAACUACGUCCUUGGUCGGUUUUGUAAAGUGGAAGGUUUUAUUCAAGUGAUAUGCCUACUUUCCAGUGCCUUUUCCCUCAUCGUUAUAUCAUGUGACCGACUUCUGGGGAUUGUAUUUCCAUUCUCUCGUCGACUCACAAAACGCCAAGCUCUAAUAAUCAUCAUCUGCAUUUGGGUAUCAGCUAUAGCCUGUGCUUCUCCUCUCGCCAUCUGGCGAUCAUUAUCAGAACGACAAUGGGCUGACUACUUGGAGAUCUGGUGCUCAGAAAACACGCACAUGAAACAACUUAAAUACUACUGGUUGAUCAUCUUGACUCUACUUUUUUAUCUUCCCCUGACUGUGAUGACCGUGGCUUAUGGUGUCAUCAUUUGUUCUCUGGAUCGCUACGAGCAGCAACUAUUUCUGCGUGAAAAUCCCAUUAAAUUGAAGUAUCGAAGGAGGGUUAUAAGGAUGCUAUUUGUCUACCUACUCAACUGUUUCUGGUGCUGGUUCACUUUUCAAGUUGUGGUGUUGUAUCGCCACUUUAAGCCAACCAGCUAUGAGUUACCCAACUGGUACAGACGUGUUUUCUUCGUGGCCCAUCUAUUCACUUACGCAAAUGGAGCUAUUAACCCAAUCAUCUAUGGUGCUUGUAGUGAGAGCUUUCGGAAAGGAUUUCGCCUGAUAUUCUCGUGCUUCUAUCAGAAAAAUCAAGUGACGCCAACGCCCCCUGACAACAAACGUCACAAUAAUAAUCAACCCCAAAGACGUCGGCAUAGCCAACUGACUCAUCCAAAUGAAGAAAGACAGCAACUUGAGCAGAUUGAAAAUAAACAGAAUAAAGAAGGUGAGCACACAAUUAAUCCGAUGAAGAUGUCCAACUUGCUGCAGGAGUAAAUUAGUUGAGGAGGAGCUAAAUGUUACGUUUGUUUGACACUAUACUUGAAUGAAGGCAACAAAAAAUGAAAUUUCAAAACUUCUUUUCAAUGGCGGUGAAAAAUAAAAUCUUA